AUGAACAAGCUUCGGAAACUGCUAAAGAAAGAGGAAGAAGAUUCCAUUACAAGGAAUCGUCAAAGAGCCAUGCAAGCAGCUGCCUCCGAAAUCCAGAGGAUCCAAGAGGAAGAAUCGCAAUGGGGUGGUUCUCGAGAAGGCCGUUGGUUUGAGGGUGAUAUUUUUCGUAGAAGAUACAGAAUGCGACCUCAUCUAUUUGACCAAAUGAUGAAUGGAGUUGCCAACUACGAUCCUUACUUUGUCCAAACGCGUGACGCUUCUGGAAGAGUUGGCCUCUCUACAGAACAUAAGUUAACAUGUGCAAUGAAGAUGCUCGCUUACGGUCUUCCUGGGGAUUUGUGUGAUGAAUUUCUUGAUGUAGCUGAAUCUUCGAUUAUGGAGAUUUUGCAACAUUUUACUAGAGCAAUUUGA